AUGAGUUAUAAUAACAAUUAUGUAGAUUACAAUAUUCACGGUCGACGAAAAAUAAAUAAUGCAAAUAAUAAGGAGGAAGAAAAUUCAUGGAGUAAUAUGAGUUACAGCAAAGGUAAUCAUAUGAAUAGUAAUGUAAUGAAAAGAGGGGGACAUAUGGAUAUAACAAAUAAUAAAAAUUUUAUGGAUAUAAAUAUUAACGAUAUGAAUAAUAUGAAUAAUGUGAAUAGUAUGAAUAAUAUGAAUAAUAUGAAUAAUGUUAAUAAUAUGAAUAAUGUGAACAGUUUGAAUAAUAUGAACAGUUUGAAUAAUAUGAACAAUUUCAAUAAUUUUUAUAGUGGAAACAAUCCACAUGUUAGUAAUAAAGAAAAUGAGGAGUCAGCACAUUUAUUAAAUAAAAAGAAUUUACAGUUAGAUAAUACUUAUGUUAAUAAUUUGAUUAACCCAAAUGAUAACAUUAGUCAUCCUUUUGCAAAUAGCAUAAACAAAAAUAUGUCUUCAUCCAAUUAUGUGUCAGCUCAUCCAAUUAUAGGGAGAAAUAAAACCAAGGAUAUUUCGAAUAGUAGUUAUAAUAAUAGAAAUAAUACAAGUACAAUAAAUAAUAAUAAUAGAAAUAAUAGUAAUAUUUUUAAUAAUAAUAAUGUUACAAAUAAUUUAGUUAAUAGCAGUUUUAAUGUAAAUAAUAAAGUUUCUAGUCAUAGCAAUUUAUUAUAUAAUAAUAAAAAUUUUUCAAAUAAUAAUAACAAUGAUUAUUUUCAAAAUAAUAAUAAUCGAAUUAGUAACUCCAACGUGGGGAUACAACAAAAUUAUUCUAACCAAUUUUUAAAAAAUAAUGAUUCAAAGGAAGGAAGAAAUGUAAUUGUAUCUGAUAAUCUUUCUUUUGUUAAUAAUGUUAAAACUGAUAAUGAUUUAAAUAAUAAAAAUAUAUUUAAUAAUUAUAAACAAAAUUAUAAUGAUCAAAAUUUCGAACAAAAUAAUAUGAACAUAUCAGGUAAUAAUACAAACAAAUUUAAUAAUAAUAUGAACAGUUCAGGUGAUAGUAGUUUUGUUGGAAGUGUAGUAAGUGGUGUUAUUGGAUCGACUGCAUCAAGUUUUUUUCAAAAUAAAUUCUUAAAUAAUAAAGAGAAUAAUACAAGUAGUGAUAAAGGUAUUGUACAUAAUAUAUUUGAAAGAUUAACAAAUGAUAAAGAAUCUAAAAAUGAGAUAAAUAAUUUGGUUCAACAAAAAGUUGCAAAUAUGGUAAUGAAUGAAAUAGAAAAAAAAAUUGAAAUAAAUCAGACAAGUUUUAUAUGUAAUAAAUUAUCUGUAUUGAGAGAAUAUUUUGAUGUAACUCAUUCAUAUGUUAUUCAGAAAAUAUUAUUUAUAUUGGUUCCAUAUAUAUAUAUAAGAAAGGCAUUAUGUGAAUCAAGAACAUAUUAUGUAUAUACACAUUUGAAAAGAAAAAUGGAAUCAUCUGAAAAAAAUAAAACCUUCAAUUCUGCAUUCAUAUUAAAUAAUAAUAAUAUUAAUAAUAAUAAUAAUAAUUUUAGUAGGACUAAUUCAAGUAUCAAUAAUGAAUAUGCCUCACAAGGAGGAAGUUUUUUUUAUAAUGAUAAGAAUAAAGGAUAUAUGAGUAUUACCAAUAAUAAUAAUAAUAAUAGUAAUAAUAAUAAUAAUAGUAGUAGUAGUAAUAAUAAUAUGACAAGAAAUAAUUCAAAUGAUAUUAAUUAUGUAGAUUAUAGCAAUGUAGGUAUUUUUAAAGCAGAUUUAUAUAUCCCCUUAAUGUCAAGUAUCACUUAUAUAUUAUUAUAUACUCUAACAAUUACGGCACAAAAAAAAAAUUCAACUUUUAAUCCUGAUAAUUUAUUUAAUAUAUCAUCUUAUGUAUUUAUCUUACUAUUUCUUGAAACAGCUAUUAUAAAAUUUUUAUUUUUAUUAACAUGCAGAGAUAUUAAUUUAUCCUUUUUACAUAUUCUUUCUUUUAUAUCAUAUAAAUUUGUUAUUAUGUGUGCUUUAAUUAUAACCAAAAUAUUUUUUUAUUUUCUUUAUUUUCUUUAUGCGUCUGUCUUUGGAGGUGCAGGCACAUUUCCUGAUAUGAACAUGAAAAAUAAUAUUCAUGCGAAUAAAAAAAUGUUAUCAAAUAAUUCACACAAUACAUUCAAAAAUAUGAAUUAUCAAAGCAUUAGUAAAUUUAGUCCAUUCAAUAUUAUUUUAUUCCUAAAUAGUACGACAACAUACAGAUUAACCCAAUUAUAUUUUUAUAUAACUGUAACUAUACAGAUGAUACAAAUAUUUAAGUCAAUACAUUUAUAUAUUCAUGACAAUAAUUCUAAUUUGUCAGAUAAGGUUAAUAUAAAAAGGAUUAAUGUGCUUAUACUUAUAUUUUCUUUGUCACAAAUAUUUUUAUGCUGGAUACUAACACCAUCUUUUACAUGA